AUGGCUAGGCUUGAAUCCGAGUCGGAGGAAACUAACUCUUUGAAGCUGAAAUGCAUGGUGGCUGCGGUGCCACAAUCCUCCUGCACACCCACAGAUCAGAAGUGUCUCUGUGUUGAUGCCCACUAUACUGCUGUUCUCGAAGAAUGUGUGGUUACUAGCUGCACAAUCCGGCAAUCUCUGACCACGAAAAACGUUACGACUUCAUUAUGCCAAGCACCGAUCCGGGAUCGAACAAAGAUUGUGUCUGGUGCGGGACUCGCAGGCGGUAUCAUUGCUCUCGUUGCUUUCAUUCUUCGAAUGGUGGCUAGACUCAGAUGCUGUGGCGGAGUAUUCGGGAUGGACGAUUGGACAAUGAUGUUGACAAUGGUAUCGACAGCUUCAUAUUCGGAUAAUGCUCUUCUCGCUCACACUCGGCAGGGUCUCCUUAUUCCACUCUCAGCACUCUCAGUCGUCUUGGCAGACACCGGUCUCGGCAAAGACAUGUGGACACUUCCAUUCGACAACAUCACCCACAUUCUUUACAUAUACUUUUGGGAUGAAUUAUUAUAUCUCAGCAUUCUACCACUCACCAAGAUAUCUAUAUGCUGUUUCUACCUUCGAAUCUUUCCUGACCGCACGUUCCGAAUCGCGACCUACAUCGCAAUCGGUCUCAAUGUGGGCUAUCUGAUUGCAUUUGUCUUGAUAUCGAUCUUCCAGUGCAGACCACUGCCUGGCGCGUGGCUACGGUGGGAUGGAGAAGAAAGCUUCCAAUGCAAUCACAUCAACGCCCAGGGAUGGGCAGCAGCAGUGAUCAACAUGGUCCUUGACUUGAUCGUCAUGGUGCUUCCACUACGCCAACUAUACCACCUCAACCUUUCCAUCAAAAAGAAAUCCUAUGUGAUUUGCAUGUUCAGUCUUGGAGUCUUUGUGACUUUGGUCAGCAUUUUGCGAUUAAACUCCCUCAUCCAUUUUGCUUCCACUACAAACCUAACAUGGGACUACGUGAGCAUUGGAUACUGGAGCACGAUUGAAUGCGAUGUUGGCGUCAUCUGCGCAUGUCUACCAGCCAUUCGCUCUUUGCUACGCCGGGUUGCUCCUGGUCUCUUUGGAGACACCGAGCACCCUCAGUCAUAUGGCAUGAACUCCCACUCCCGCGGCACUGGGUCUCGGUUCGAAGGGGUCAAUGUGCAAAGCAAAAACGACCAACGGGAUUUUUACCCUUUGGAAGACAUAGACAACACUAGUGAAUCUCGGCUGCAUCACCCAGCUUAG